AUGCGAUGUCGGGCGGGACGGAUGGUAUUUCGGUCUGGGGUGCUGCUGGCCAUAGUCGCUCUGUCAAGCAGAACGCUGAUUGAGUGCUUCUCCCGAAUAGCCACGACUCGGCGUCCAGAGGGCUCCACAGAAACGGAAGCAGAUGAGGCCUUGGCGCCUGCUGCAGCUGCCUGGCUUCGAGCAGCCCGCCGCACAGCGGAAGGUCGCAAAGACAGCGCGGCUUACUGGGAGGUCGCCUGGGAGACGACAGAGGCCUGGUGGCUGCGUCCGAUUGCCUUCACUGUGUCUGCCUUAGUGACCUUUGGGGCCAUCCUUCAACAGCCAGACCGCUUUCGUCGCAGCGUGCAGCCAAAGCCUGCGGAGAGCAGGGAGGUGCUGCAGGAAGCGCUGGACCAGGCACGCAAGGACAGUGCUGACGUCAAGGCACGCAAGGCCUUGAGCGGCCUCCAGCGGAUGGAGCUGCCGUUCUUCGGAACAUCCUCGAGUUGGUCGAAUCGCCUGGACGGUGUGGUGGUGUCUGGCAACCCAAGAGAGGGGGCUAUCGAGAACUGGCAGGCUUCAGAGGCAGUUCUGCGCCAAAGCGUGGAAGAGGAGCUGGGCUACCCGGUUGUCCUACACCUCCUGCGAACGAAGGAGAAGGAGAAUGAAGGGCCCCUUUCCAGGCCUUAUGAACUGCUGGUCCGGGAUGCCACCGAAACCUCCCGAGUGACAGAUGCCAUGAUGGCGCCUCUCUCGCUAGCUCUCGUCUGGUGGUGCAGCACACAACUCGACAGCAAUCCUUCGCUGCAGCAGCUGGGAGCAGUGAUCCAGCCCGGCUCGUCAGCCCCGUGGAUUCUCAUGCUGGUCUUGCUCUUGGUGGGAGAAGUCGCGCGCACGGUUGUCGCAAGCCUGAACAGCACCAGCGUAGGCCCAAGGACAUUCCUCCCAUCGCCGCAAUUUGGCCUCAUCGGGGUUUUCGCACCGGCGGCAACUGCCAGCCCCAAUCGCUCUGCAGCAUUGGCCAUCUCCCUGGCUGCUCCUGUGGCUGUCACGGUGGCAUCCUUGUUGCUGUCUCUUGGGGCAGCCACUCGGAAAUAUGCAACUACCAACUACUACAGUAGGUUACCUCCUCCACGUCCAUGCAGGGAUACUUAUGCACACCACCAUACUUUGGAUUUUUGGGACCACAUUGCCUUCUUUGUCGGCCAACCGCAAAAUUGGAAGAGGUAA